AUGUCCAAUCUCAAAUUCGAACGAUGGGACGAUUCCAUUCAUUCCGAAAAUUCCAUUCUUCAACAACGAUUUCAUCACAUGCUUCUCUACAUUCAUCAACUCGAAUCCGACAUUGAAGCAAAAAACAGACGUAUCGAUCUAUUAGAAUUAUCUCUAAAUAAUCGAAGAAAACGAAGAGGAGGAGCCAUGGGAGAUCCUGCCAAUACCAACGCGGACAAGGAUGAUCUGAAUGAACAAACCGAACAAUUGACCAUUCAAAGAAUUUAG